AUGGAUGGGUUCAUGGCGAGUGCAGCGACGGGGGUGAUGAGCUCCCUUCUCGCCAAGCUCGGCGAGCUGCUCGGGGAGGACUACAAGAUGCAGAGGGGCAUGAGGCGCGAGAUCGCGUUCCUCAAGGAUGAGCUGAGCAGCAUGAAUGCACUGCUUGAGAGGCUAGCUGACUCGGAGACGCUUGAUCCGCAGACGAAGGAGUGGAGGGAUCAGGUGAGGGAGAUGAGCUACGACAUUGAGGAUUGCAUCGAUGAUUACAUGCGCCAGCUGCAGAAUGAGCCACAGAGGCAUAGUGGGAUCACUGGAUUCUUCUUCGGGUAUGUCCAGAAAGUGAAGGAUCUUGUUACCUGCCAUGAGAUUGCCGAGCAGAAUCAGGAGCUCAAGGCUCCAAUUGUUGAGGCGGGCCACAGAAGGAAGAGGUACAAGAUUGAUGAAACAGUUAAUUUUGGUGGCGUCAAUGUGAUCCCUGUGGACCGUCGGUUGCCAGCUCUCUAUGCAGAAUUGGGUGGCCUUGUUGGUAUCAAUGCUCCUAGAGAUGAGGUCAUCAAGCUAGUUGACGAUGGGGCGCAGGGGGUCAAGGUGGUGUCUAUUGUGGGUUGUGGAGGAUUAGGAAAGACUACAGUUGCAAAUCAAGUUUACAAAAAUAUUGCUAAGAAAUUUGAUUGCCAAGCUUUUGUGUCCUUGUCCCAAAAUCCUGAUAUGGUGAUCAUCUUUCGGUCCACACUGUCUCAAGUCAAGAAGGAUGAGUGCCAUAGCACCAGCUCAUGUGACAAGGAACUUCUCAUUAGUGAAUUGAGGGAUUUCCUAAAGGACAAGAGGUAUUUUAUUAUAAUUGAUGACAUAUGGAGCACCCAAGCAUGGAAGACAAUUAAAUUUUCUUUGGUUGAGAAUGCUUGUGGCAGUAGAAUAAUAGUGACAACAAGAAUUGGUACUAUUGCCAGAUCUUGUUCAUCUCCAUUCCAUGAUCUCGUAUUCGAAUUAAGGAUGCUAAGUGCAGAUGACUCCAAAAGGCUAUUCUUUAGAAGAAUUUUUGGCUCUGAGGACAAGUGCCCUCACCAGCUCAAAGAGGUUUCAGUCGAAAUAAUUAAGAAGUGUGGUCGUUUACCAUUGGCAAUCAUUACUAUGGCUAGUUUGUUGACUACUAAAUCAUAUACCAGAGCUGACUGGUUGAAGACUUGUUUAUUGUAUCUAAGUAUGUUUCCAGAAGAUUAUGUGAUCGAGAGGGAUUAUUUGGCAGUUGAAGAAAAUUUCGUAACUGUUGUUACUAAUAGAAAACAAAUGUUGCCCUCACAUGGCAAGGUCCACCGACUCUCACUUGAAUGCCAUGAUCUUGAAAAUUUAAAAGCAAAUCCCAUUGUUACUACUCAUGUUCGGUCCCUGCACAUAUUUAGAUACUCUGAAGGAAUGCUUCCUCUUUCAGGCUUUCGGUCCCUAAGAGUGCUUGAUCUAGAUGGUAAUGAGAAUUUGGAAAGCUGUUAUCUGGAAGAUAUAGGGAAGUUAUUUCAGUUGCGAUACCUACGGAUUAAGUCAAGCAAUAUUACACUUCCAGAAAGGAUAGGAGAGCUUCAGUGUUUGGUGAUACUGGAUCUUCUGAAUUGUCUUAAUCUAGGUGAAUUGCCUACAAGUAUUGUUGAACUUCGGCACUUGAAAUGGUUAAUUGUUCCUCGAAUGAACUUGCCAGAUGGAGUUGGGAACAUGCAAGUGCUAGAGUUUCUUUCACUUAUAGUUGUUGACUACACUACCUCAACAUCCCUAUUGCAAGAGCUGGGCAGCUUGACCAAAUUGAGAACUCUUGAGUUGGAUUGGCGCAUCAAUCCCCUGCACAGGGAUAAAAAAACAUACGAGGACAAUUUUGUUUCUUCACUUGGCCAACUAGGCAGUUCAAACCUUCGCUGUUUAACACUCAUCAGUCCAUGGUCACUAGACUUCUUGUUGGAACCUUGGUCCCCAACUCCACAUCUCCUUCAGAAGUUAGUGAUCAAAGGAUGGCAUCUCAGCAACAAACCUCUCCUACAAGCAGGAUCUGAGGUAAGGUGCCUUGUUGUCAGCAACAACGGAUUCCGAUGUUUGAAGAAGUUCAGGUUUGUUGGUUGGGUAAAUAUGAUGUUCAAAGAAGGAGCUGUUCCAGUGCUUGAAACUCUUGAAUUUCAAAUCAUAGUGCAUGAGGUGCAGACUGCAUGCAGGUUUGGUCCUCCAGAUUUUGGCAUCAGCCACCUCUCCACCCUAAGGAAUCUUGUUGUCAAUGUUCACUGUCAGGGUUCCAGAGUUAAAGAGGAGGAGGCACUGGAGGCUGCUAUCCGGAGUGCAGCCAGUAUGCUUCCUAAUCAUCCUACACCAGCUUUGCACAGAUUUCUUGAGUCAGAACUCGUAAAAGAAUGA